GUGACAUGUACCCGAUUCGCGUCUAAGCAGCGGAACGGCAUCAACAAGCUUAUUAGAGCGAGAGAAACACAGUAUCUAAAUGAAGUACUGCGCUUCGGUUGCGUUAUGAUGCUAUAGCCUGCUGCAUUAGAUGUGCAGCAUAAAAAGUUGCAUGCUCGGGUGAAAUAUUGUGGUUAAAAUGGUUCUUGUUCUGGAAUUUAGCGUAGGACGCGUAGGAGCUCACUUGACAGCUGGAAUGUAACUGGGUUUCUUAUGAGCUGGCUAACACAGCUAGCUGCUGUCUGAGAAUAAGAUGCAUUUCAGUACGAGCACACAGCAGAUGCAUGCUUAGGUGUACAUAGAUGCAUAUGCUAGGAUGUUCAAAAAUGUGUUCGGAUCAGGAUUCCUGGUGAGGACCGCUCAUGUCAUCUUGACAUGGGUUAUAACGUUGAUUCUCUUCCUUCACGACACCGACCUCCGCAAGCAGGAGGAGACGGGGGAGCUCACACUGCCGAUUCUCUUUGUGCUCCUGGUCCUGGUGUCCGUGUUGCUGUACUUUGCAGUUUCGCUAAUGGAUCCUGGUUUUGUCCUGUCUGAUGAGUGUGACUUGCAGUUCACGCUUGGUAUCGCAGAAGAAACCCAGGAUAUGAUUCCACAGACCACCAAGUCCAUACGGCUGCGGCGCUGUGGACACUGUCUGGUACAGCAACCCAUGAGAUCUAAACACUGCCAGACGUGUCAGCACUGUGUGCGACGCUACGAUCACCACUGCCCCUGGAUAGAGAACUGUGUCGGGGAGAGAAACCACCGCUGGUUUGUGCUUUAUCUGGCUGUCCAGCUUGUUGUCUUACUGUGGGGGCUGUACAUGGCGUGGUCCGGCUUCAGUCACGCUCCCACCUGGCAGCUGUGGUUGAGGACCAACGGUGUGCUCCUGGGAGCAGCGGCGGUGGUGGCCGUCCUGUCCCUGACCGUGCUUCUCCUCCUGGGCUCUCACCUAUACCUGGUGUCCCUAAAUACCACCACAUGGGAGUUCAUGUCUCGACACAGAAUCUCUUACCUCAAGCACUGUGGUGCGGACGAAAACCCUUUUGACAGAGGAACCCUGCGCAAUCUCUGGGGCUUCUUCUGCGUUUGGGAACCGGUGGUUUGGGAGCAUGUGUAUUUCAAGCAAGGCAACGAUCCCAUUUAAUUCCCCUCGGAGUCGAGGCUGCUGUGACAAAUAAACCGUUAGAUGCAAGUUGAUGUUUUGGUGGAAAUUGCUCCAGACUGCAUCUGCAGAACAUCUAAUCUACUUGUCCUUCCUCGUGAAUGACCCGUUUCAUUUUGAAAGUGAUUCUAAAAUGCAUGAACUUUAGUAGUUGCAAUGAUGUUUUGAUGAAGUGUUAUCAAAUAGGUUGGAAUGAGCAUUUUUAUAAAGGCGUUUUGUGACAAUUUUGCCCACUUAGAACUUUUGACAAUUCAUCUGUGCUGAUUUUGCACAUUUUAAGAGCAAACGCAGAACAAAAAGCACAAAAAUCACAAUAGCGUUUCAGAGCUGAUUUGUGGUUUCCCGUCAAUGCAAUACACAGAGAUGAGAUAUUAAAAUUUUAUAUGCUAAUUAUUUAUUAUCUUGGCUCUGCUCCUGUAAUCUCUCUUGGUACUAAAAAGCUGUUUGACAAAAGUAAUUGAACUAGACAGUCUGUCAGCUUAUUUUAUAGCAGCAGCAGAUGAUAAUGUACUGUUACAUCAGCAAUGAUUUUGUGCAAUUAUUGAACUUACAGUCAGUUGUAUAUACAUAUUUUUACAGUUUUUCUUUUUAGAAAAUUGACAUCCCCUUUUAAGAUCCAAUUCAGACAGGGUAAUAAGUUCAUGUUUAUAAUAAUACCAAUAAUUUCCUAUAGCACUUUAUAUAUCAGUGGUGAAAUUUCAAUAUGCUUGUAAUGUGACUUUAUAAUAUUAAAUGUACUGGUUUAUCUAAACAUAAUCAAUACAUUAAUCAGAAUUUAGAAUACAAACAUAAUCAGUACUGUAAUGUUCAACAUUACAGGCAUGUUUUGUUUUUUGGGUGCAGAACUUUAUAUUUUUAUACAAACAGGGCCUUUCCUAUUACACAUCAGCAUCUUAAAGAUAGAAAGAUGUAAGUACAAGUGACACUCCUUUGACUGUUAAAAUUUCAGUCCAUUUCGGACUGCCCGAACAGAGCAAAGUAAAGUUUUGUUGAUAAAUGCAGUAGUGUGACUUUCUUUCACAAUCAUUAGCUAAAAUUUUCUCUGAAUAAUGUACAGUCAUAAAAAAAAGAGCAAUAAUUGUUUUUGCUUUCACUUCAUUUCAGUUUCUUUAACUUGCUUCCUUAAAGGAUUAGUUCACUUCCAGAAUUAAAAUUUCCUGAUGAUGUACUCACCCUGUUUUAUGUUUCUCCGUUUGCUGCGCAUCGUCUGUUUGGUUCUCUACAAGGUCGUCUGCUAUUUCAAAUAAGCAAAGCCUUUAAAUUUGAAUGAAGUCAGUUUGCGGUCAGUGUUUUAUCGUUCAUCAUCUGUAAAAAAAAUUGUUCUCAAAGUGAUCUCAACAAUAUCGUCUCCCUGUAUUGUUUUGACGUUACGUCAUCAAUAUGGAAGUCGGCCAUUGCGGCGGCACUGAGUGUAAACAAUGCCAUUGAACCGAACGGCGUAUAGGCUUGGUGAAAAAAACGAAAGUAAUUAAUUAUGUCAGGAUAAGAAAUAGAAGGAAAAACUAUUGGAUCAUAAGUCCAUGACAACGAGGUCAGGUCGUAUGGAUGUUUACCACCUAUUACAGGGCUGGACAAUAUGGACUGCACUGUGGCCGGUGCAAGUCGUACAUUCACUGCACUGCAUUCGUGUUCCAAAAUGUCAUAUGUGGAAAAUUACGUUAUUAUUACAUUAAGUUUGUAAAAGACCGUUAACAGCUGAAGACGGACAAAUCCCUAUCGCCACUCAUCGUUGAGCCCUGUAUUAACUUUAGUUUGUCAAAAUAAAAACAACCUUUCCUGCUUACUAAGUCCUUCUCUAUACUAUUUGGCAGCUUCCACACAUUUUCCGUGGUUUAGACAGCAUAAAUUAGUAGAACAACAUCUUCAGUGGUACACCAACCAUGCAAUCAAUGCUUCUGUUUACAUACGAGUAUCGCCGCAAUGGCCGCGCAUCUGGGUAACUGACCAAACGUGACAUCGGUGCAAACCCUUUAUAGUCGUGAUGUGAUCUCUGCUAUUCUCUUAAAUUUGCAACGAUUUUUAGAACGUUAUCUUUAUAGUUAUAGUUCUUGGUGUAAACGGGCCUCAAGGGUCUUAUCUAACAAAACAAUCAACAUUUAAAAAAAUAAACACAUAUAUACUUUUAAACCACAAAUGCUUAUCUUGCACUAGCUCUGCAUCCACGUCUUUAUUCAUCACGUAAUCACUUUGGGGGAAAAAAAAAAAAAAAAAAAAAAAAACGUGGUUAGUUCUUCCUUUGUGUACUAUUUUUCAAAAAGGGCGAAAAAAAACAUCUUAUUUUCUCCUCCAACUUCAAAAUCGUCCGACAUCCUUUUUUUUUUUUUUUUUGUAAAAGGUGUUUUACUUUCGAUGCACCUUCGCUUUGUAAACACCGAGUCGGUACUUUCAUCUACGUCACGAGUGUGUGAUUAGGUAACGCGCAAGGUCGAGCUAGUGCAAGAUUAGCAUUUAUGAUUAAAAAGUAUAUAAAUGUUAGUUUAUUUUUUUAGAAAAUGACUGAUCAUUUUACUAGAUAAGACACAACUUGGCUGGGAUUGUGUAGAGUCCUUUGAAGCUGUAAUGAAGCUGCAAUUUGAACUCGUUAGCUCCCAUUAAAGUCCACUGUAUUGAGAAAAAUCCUGGAAUGUUUUCCUCAAAAACCUUAAUUGUUUUCGACUGAAGAAAGAAAGACAUGAACAUCUUGGAUGACAUGGGGGUGAGUAAAUUAUCAUGAAAUUUUUAUUCUGGAAAUGAACUAAUCCUUUAACUUUUGCACUUGAGUGUUUUUAACAUCAAUAUCACUGCUGAGAUUUCAUGAAUAAUUUGCAGCGUUUUGAUCAAAGUUAUGCAAUUCUCCCCUCGAUGUACUAUUUUGAAACAUCAGUAUUCAAUAAAUUGAACAACAUGGUCAC